CCGCGCACUUUUGAGUCACGCGCGAGAGCGUAGUGAGUCGCAGACGGUUCGCCGAUUGAUAGAUAACGCAACUGAUCUAAUUCAUUGAUCGUGGUGAUCCCCGUGGAUACUCGCCGUGAGAGCGUGUCCGACCAAGCCGGAGAUUCGCACAAAAUUCUGGUGAAUGACCUCAUGGUCUGCCACGAUGUCGUCAAUAUUACUAUUGAAUUGUGUUCUGACGGCGUGGCUGUUUGUCACCAUAGGAGCGAUUACCGUAUCGGUAGAUCGUGCUGACAUUAAAACCCCACCAACACGAUCGUCGAUGAUCGCAAAUGGCUGGCGACCUCUGACUAAUUCCUACGAGGAAACGAUCGGCACUAACGUGUCGCCGUCGAGCCACCUGGAGAAGAACGUCCAGGUGCAUCCCGUCCUGAGCAAGUUUCAGGAGCACAUGGCGACUUCGGAAAAGCUGAAGCCGUUACGAAAGGGCAAGCCGCCGGUUCACGAAUACAGUCCGCCGAGUAUACUCGGUAGUUUCACGGUGUUCGGACACGCGGCGACAAAAGCGCGUGGCGAGAUCAAGACGCCAGUUAAACACGUGGCCACGGAGACUCGGGAAUAUACGUUCCUGAUACCACCGCCCAAGGACGCGUACCGUUUCGAGGUGAGCCAACACCGCAAGCCGGUCGUGCGCGACAGCGGUAGCUACUUGCCGAGACAGCCGCCGCAGACAGCCUACGUGGCGCAGAAUGUCCAUCAGCAACCACUGGAUAGCGUACGCGCGGCGACCUAUUUCAUCAAGGGUAUCCCAAGCAACCGCCCUUACGUCCCGCCGUUCGCCAUGCAGGCGUUACAGGCAUCGCAAGCGUUGCAACCACCUCGCCAACCGGAGAAACCGUUCGAAUCCUUGAAAGUCGCUAACAGCGCGAAACCGUACUUCCAGCCGCCCGGUGCGGAGAUCCCGGGUGACUUCGGCAAGCAGAAGAUCAACGGGAACGAUGGCGAUGUCUACGAUAGAUACCAAGCGCAAUCUCACAAUUCGCAGGUGCUAAAUUCGGCGAGCAGCGGUAACUUCUACAGCCAAGUGAACCAUCCCUCGAAUCAUUAUAAGUCCACCUACGAGCGAGAUCCUGCCUUCCUGGUGCACGAAAGUCACGAGAUCAGUUACGUGACGCCACCCGGAUCGUACAACCCGUACAGUUUCCGCCCUUCGUUGCCGUACGAGACUCUGUUACCACCCGCGGUCUACUCGCCCUCGUCAACGCCACCGUCCACCACCGCCGUCACGCGGAAUCCCAGUAAAUUCGGCCAGACUAACGACGCGGCUCGGGAGCACUAUAAUAAACGCCCGGAUACGCGUAACAAGCACGAAAAGGGCGGACAGACCGAAUUACCUAAUCCCAGAACUACGAGCACUUAUUACGUUUCGGAACACCAGGAACUUACACCCCCCACGUGGCCGAAGAGCAAAUACACGUCCGACAUCAACGAAGUUCUGCCGAAGGAGAAUCCACCAAGCAAGUUCAGUCAAGAGGUCGUAAACCAGAAUCAAAUCACACAGGGUCCGAAGAACGUGUACCACAGACCGCAGAACUCCUUCGAGCCUGUUGAGGUUUACCCACCGACGCCGAUACCGGAUUACGAGACACCGGAGAGCAUCUCUCUCAAGCACUUUAACGAGCAACAGUUUCUGCUACAGCAACAAUUGCUGCUGCGCGAUCGACAGAGACUGGCGGAGCAGGAGCGUCAACAGAAACUAGAGAUCGAACGGCAGCAGCAAGAAGAGCUGAAGAAACAGCAGGAACAGCUCAAUCAACUUGCGCAACGGGAAAAUGAGGAAGAAGAGGCAGCUAGACUUGCCGCGGAAUCCGCGAAGAAUCAGUCACAAGAGAUCGUGAGGCUCCCGGCCAAUAUGCCAUACACAAUUCAAUUGGCGCAAUUCGAACCGCAGGUCACUACAGAUGGCAAUAUUCUGGUGUCGGAACCUGGUAUUUACAAUGUUGAACAGUUGAGACUUCAGCCUCAGGUAUCCCAGAUCCCAGAGAAUCAGGUGAACCAGAAUUAUCAAUACCAGCAGCAUUACCAGAACAGCUAUCAGGAGCAACAGGUCAAUUACCGUGAGCCUCAAACCGAGACGCGGCCGUACCGUCCGCAGAAACCGUCCCGCGAUCCACAACGUCGUAAAAAGCCGACGACCGUUGCGCACGAACUCUCGCCGACGGAACCGCCGAGCCAGCCGCCGGAAACUGCCAUUCCCUUGACCCUGUACGCAGAGGAAGUACCGAUUCAGACGACGGUGGCACCGGAAGUGCAAACCGCGCCAACAGUGUCGACACAGAGAUCCAGAACUCGUCGUCCGGCGGCGCCGGGUCGACGACGAAAGCCCGCGACAACCACGCAGGAACCCGUCACGACGUCUUACCCGGAGGAAGACUACCUCAAGUACAAUAGAGAAGACGUGCAGCACAAUCAGCACGACUCUUCGCGAAGAAGACGAAUAAAGCCCACCCAGGCAAGUUACAACGAGGAAGCGGUAACGGAGAAGAGAGGUAACGUCAGGAAACGACCAAGUCAUCGAACGAAAGUGAGCCACGACGAGUCGUACGACACGCAGAUCGUCACGGAGAAUGCGUACGCCUCCUUAAAUUCUUAUGGACAGACCACGGAGCCUGCGCCGAACUACAAUGAGAAUAACUACAAUCAGGAUAACCAUAAUCAGAAUAACUACAAUGAGAAUAACUACAAUCAGAAUAACUACAAUGAGAAUAACUAUAAUGAGAAUAACCAAUUCGCGACGAAUCAGCCGAGCGUUUCAUACGGAACAAGCCAGCCACUUAAUCAAUAUUAUGAUUACUCUUCGCAGCAGAAUGAGAGAUACCAGGAGGAUCAACGCAAGGACCAUCGCGAGGACAGCAUCGUGCCAGAACAAGUGUCAGAAUAUCACACGGAGAUCAACCGCGGCAAAAUCGAGGAUUAUAACACCGAUACUCGUCAGCAAAACGUGAACGUCGUCACUAGCAUACCACUGGAAGAUCUCUACGUGAAGACCGACGGUAAUUAUUACGAUCGCGCGACAACUGACGGCCCGACAACCACGACAACGACGACAACGACGACGACGACGACGACAACUACCCCGCAACCCGUAACGCAGGCUCCUCAGGUCGCCACCUCUACGUCGAAAUCUCACAGGAUUCGCCCAUUAAGAUACGGUAAUGCUACCAGACCGCGUUUCAGCAUCAAGGAUUACAAGAGCCGCAUGGAUUACAAAAACAGACUAUCUCAGAGUUCAACAACGGAGGUAGCACCGACGCCGGCCAGCGAAGCCUUGACGCGCGGUCCUCAUACCAGACAGAGAACGUCGAGCGCGAAAAGUCAACAGGCUCAAUUAACAUCAGGCGAUACCGUUCGAGAGACUACCGGCAGAUACAAAUACGUCUCCAGAGUAAACUAUCGAACUACUACGUCGUCCCCUGCGACCGCGAGAGAUCAAGAACGAUACUCGGAGGAGGGCGUAUCCUCUACGACCGAAAAGAAUAAAUUCGUGCCGAAGAGGCGACCGAUCAGCGGCAACGUUUACCGAAGUAGAAUUGCCUCUACUACGACCAGUCCCACACGAUCUCAGCUCAGCGAGAACGUUCCGAAUGUUCCGAGGCAGAGCUCGGUGCGACCCGAGAACGUGUACUCGUCAUCGAUACGUAGGCGGCCGGUCAUGAAGAGCAGGCUGCACAAGGAGAACAACGCGGCAACGGCGUAUCCGGACAGCAAGCGGCAGGAGGAGCCUACGGAGAUGGCCGCCGAGGAAACCAGUUUCUACUCAACCGCCUCGUCAAACAGUCGUCUCGUGGGCAACGAGAUCGUUAGCGAGAAGGGAGAAGCCGCGUCGCUCGACAGCCAUCCGGUGAAACUCGGCGUGCAGGAGAGCAAAAACCAAGGGGAGACUGUUUCGCAGAACGAGGAGACAAGAGCGGCGCCGACCGACGCGACCUUCGCUGAAGACGAUCGCGGACGGAUUUCAAGCGAUGAGACCGAGCAAACGAGUCGAACCGAGAAGCCGGAAGCUUCCGCGACCGCCGGAAGCGAGGACGACGCGACACGGGAGGGAGAGCCAGAAGCCACGGAGACCACGACGAAGUUCGACGUGCGAUCCGACGAAGAGGAAUUGUUCGCCAAGGCGUCGCAGAGCGUGGCGGACCUGACGAGCUCCGCCUCCGCUCUGUACGACAAGCCGGGCAUGUUCAAGGCGGUCUCGCCGGAGAGCAGGCUCGUCUCGCCGCAGUUCAAGAUCACCACGGACGAGCCGACGUUACCUAUCGAGGCCUUCUUUCAAGAGCUCUCGAAAAAGAACUAACGACUCAGGGUAAAUCAUUCUGCCGCGAGCAAACUGUCAUCAAAUCGUAACACACGCGAUCGACAAUUCAGUGCUUCGAGGAGCAAUGGGAGAUCGUAGGAAGCUUCCCAUAUAAGCUUCUUUCGAGAAGCAAAACAUUCAGGAUUUGUUUUCGGUAAUAAAUGGUUUCGUAGGAAAACUUACAUUUCAAAAGAAAAUAACAUUCUGUUGGAAAAAGAUCUACAGAUUUCUCGAGGCAUUCUAUUACGCUAAACGUAGAAAGUUUCGAGAGACUAAAGGAACUUACAUACUUUAAAUGUACCGUAGUCUUACGUACUUAAUUUCGCUCCUAAAUUAUUAUCAUCGCGCUGUCAUUUACGUCGUAAAAAGUUAAAACACUGGAAGCGCAUUGAGCGCUUCCAACAUACGAUCAUCAUUUCGAACAUACUUUCCUAUAGAACUAUAGAUAUUAGAGAAACAAAGGGAUAACGAUUAAGCAUAAUUUGUCAUAGCAAGAAGGGUCUGAGAAAAAGCGCUGCUGCUUGAUGAAACUCACGGUGGAGCAACCGCGCUUUUUCUCGUGCUGGGAAAGGACGCUCGGCAGGACAUUGCGUGUGCAAUAUCUGUAAAAAAGUAAAUUAUACUCCUGUGGUAAUAUCAUUCGUAUACGUUCAUUUUAUAUCUUUACGUUAGGUUAUUUGUAAAAGAGGAAAUACCAAAAGUAAAAAUUUCGCGAAUUAGGCAAUAUAGCGAUAUCAUUGGGAACGCCUUAUUAGUGUAAGCAUGCGAAUCAUCCCAUUGUGCAUUUAUUUAAGAGAUCAUUCCCUAAAUCAUUUCUCGUCGUUACUUUUCGCGACAUCGGAAUAAAGAAGCUAACGAGAUUAUUGUAAAUAUGAAUACGUAGGAUAGAACUUUCAGUACUAUCCCCUGGGCAGAAAAUCGUUUUCGAAUUUUAUAAGAAGAAAAAGCAAAGAUAUUUUAAAGUUAUUAGGGGAUUUAGCAAAAAUUAUUGUUAUAAGUGUAGUACGAUUCUUCAAAUUUUGUAAAAGCCUCGUAUUUUUUAGGGAUUAGAAAUAAGUUUGAAAAAACUGUCAUACUGAACUGAA